GCUAGCCAGUAACAUUUCGUCCACAAUGUAUCACUCCUGUCUAGCAGCGUAAUCUCGACUUUGUUAUUACUAUACACCUUUGCCCUUUCGACAAAGACGACCAGCAGACAGACUUGCUCGAAGGGAAAAGCAACAGAAAUUGAGACCAUUAACAUGCGUAUCCCAACUUUCUUCCUCCGAACAACACCACGCCUUUUACUCUUCCAGACUUUGAUCGCCUGGUUGUGUAUCCGCUCUCACUUUCUACCUCUUCCCUCCACCCUCACCUUUGCCCUCACAACAACACUAGGCUCCUACAUCAACACCACAAAAGACAUUCUGGACAGCAGAUUCAGCUUCCCCCUCCCCUGGGAAACCUCCUUCUUCCUGCCCGCAAUCCUGGAUGCUUGGAUCAUCGCCGAAAUGCCCGACCUUGCCAUCCUAUUAGGCACGCAUCCCUGCGACCAAAGAUUCGAAACCCGGGAUCCACAAACAGGCAUCUGCACACGUGUUCUAGCUUCCCAAUGCUUUUCCUUUGCCUCCAUGUAUUCCCCUCGUCUGAAGAACUCAUCCAUGGGCUUCCAAAUCCUGGAAGCGUGUGAGCAACUCUACCAUACCACUGCUGGGGAAGAAAUUGCUCAUGUGACCCAAUGUCACAAAGGAGAAGGAGAUGGCGAAGAUGAUUCGUUGAUGAGGUUUGUGGGUUGUGUCAAGGUGAUGGAGUACUGGGAGCGGAAGAAGGGGAUUUGUGGAAAGCAGCAGCCGUUUCUUAGGUGUGUGGGUGAGUAUGGUGCGUUUGAGGAGGUUGUACCUAUUCUGGAGGCAUUGAGGGAGAAGAGAGAUAGAAGGGAGGGGAAAGUGGCUAUCUGAGUGGGCGAGAAAGAGACGGGGAAGUUAGAGAAUGGUGGAGUUGCAGUGGUAUUGUCAUGGAAUCACAGCCUUUUGAAAGGUU